AUGUCUUUCGGCCUUAGUUCUGAAGCUCUCGUUUCGAGAGGGUCUCAAGUCAUCAAUGCGGGGUUAGAAAGCGGCAAAAGUGCAAUAGCUUACGGGACUCCUCCCUUUGAGAAGGCCGUGACUCUGACAGCUCAGGCAGCCAGCUGGGGUGCUAAUAACCCCCUUCAACUUACCUGCGCAGCUGCCGGCACAGCUGGUGUCCUUGUCGUCACUGCCCCUGUCCUAGUAUCGGCCCCGUUGUUGUCGACGGUAGGGUUUACAGCAGGUGGUAUUAAAGCAGGUUCUGCGGCCGCAGUUGCUCACAGUUAUGUCGGAAACGUCGUAGCUGGCGGUGCGAUAGCUAUAGGACAGAGUGCCGGUGCAGGAGGCAGUGGCCUAGCCCUCGUCAAUGGGGCCAUACAACUGGGGGCUGCUGCGAUGACCGUUGGAAGUGCAGGCUUAUCAUGGGCCAAGGCUAAGCUGUGA